CGCCCCGGCGAUGCGGGCUGGAGGAGAAUGUGGCGGAGCGGCCGCCGCCGGCUGCCCCUUGCUGGGGCUGGCCGCGCUGUUGGCCGCCCUGCUGGGGACCCCCGCGGGUGCCACGGCACAGCAGUACCACGGCGAGAAGGGCAUCUCCGUGCCGGACCACGGUUUCUGCCAGCCCAUCUCCAUCCCGCUCUGCACGGAUAUCGCCUACAACCAGACCAUCCUGCCCAACCUGCUGGGCCACACCAACCAGGAGGACGCAGGGCUGGAGGUGCACCAGUUCUACCCGCUGGUCAAGGUGCAGUGCUCGCCCGAGCUGAAGUUCUUCCUCUGCUCCAUGUACGCGCCGGUGUGCACCGUGCUGGAGCAGGCCAUCCCACCCUGCCGUUCACUCUGCGAACGCGCCCGUCAGGGAUGCGAGGCCCUCAUGAACAAGUUCGGCUUCCAGUGGCCAGAGAGGCUCCGCUGCGAGAACUUCCCUGUUCACGGUGCGGGUGAGAUCUGCGUGGGGCAGAACACGUCGGAUGCCCCACCAGGACCUGGUGGUGCGGCGGGUCGGGGGGUCACUGCCCACCCCACAGCUGGCUACCUCCCUGACUUUCUUACCCCACCACAGCCACCCUCCGGCUUCUCCUUCUCUUGCCCCCGGCAGCUCAAAGUGCCCUCUUACUUGGGCUACCGGUUCUUGGGGGAGCGGGACUGUGGAGCCCCCUGUGAGCCAACCCGGCCCAAUGGGCUCAUGUACUUCAAAGAGGCAGAGGUGCGAUUUGCCCGGCUGUGGGUGGGUGUGUGGUCCGUGCUUUGCUGUGCCUCCACCCUCUUCACCGUGCUCACCUAUCUGGUAGAUAUGCGUCGUUUCAGCUACCCGGAGAGGCCCAUCAUCUUCCUCUCAGGCUGCUACUUCAUGGUGGCAGUGGCCUAUGCAGCAGGCUUCUUGCUGGAGGAGCGGGUGGUGUGUCUGGAGCGCUUCUCUGAGGAUGGUUACCGCACAGUAGCCCAAGGCACCAAGAAGGAAGGCUGCACGAUCCUCUUUAUGAUCCUUUACUUCUUUGGCAUGGCCAGCUCCAUCUGGUGGGUCAUCCUGUCCCUCACCUGGUUCCUGGCUGCUGGCAUGAAGUGGGGCCAUGAGGCCAUUGAGGCCAACUCUCAGUAUUUUCAUCUGGCUGCCUGGGCUGUGCCUGCUGUCAAAACCAUCACCAUCUUGGCCAUGGGACAGGUGGAUGGGGAUGUACUCAGUGGGGUGUGUUAUGUAGGCAUCUACAGCGUGGACUCGCUGAGGGGCUUUGUGCUGGCACCCCUAUUUGUGUAUCUCUUCAUUGGCACUUCCUUCUUGCUAGCUGGCUUCGUGUCCUUGUUUCGCAUCCGUACCAUCAUGAAGCACGAUGGCACAAAGACAGAGAAACUGGAGAAGCUGAUGGUGCGCAUCGGUGUCUUCAGUGUCCUCUACACGGUGCCUGCUACCAUUGUCCUGGCAUGUUACUUCUACGAGCAGGCCUUCCGUGGCACCUGGGAGAAGACGUGGCUCCUCCAGACCUGCAAAACGUAUGCUGUGCCCUGUCCCAGCCACUUUGCCCCUAUGAGCCCAGACUUCACUGUCUUCAUGAUCAAGUACCUCAUGACCAUGAUUGUUGGGAUCACGACUGGCUUCUGGAUUUGGUCUGGCAAAACCCUUCAGUCCUGGCGACGCUUCUACCACAGACUCAGUACCGGCAGCAAAGGCGAGACAGCCGUAUGAGACCCUCGUCCCCUCUGGCACACACACACACAUGCAUACACGCAGAGGAGGCAGAGGAGACGGAUACUCAGCACAGGAGUAGGGCAGUGGUUCCCUGAAGAGGGAGGAAGGGAGGCUUUUCCAAACUUUUUCUUCCUCACAGAAGGUUUGGAAAAAAAAAAAAUCAAAAUCAUUGCAUAAAGGAUCAGUCAAAUUAUGUCCAGUGGUGCUUAUGACCAGCUAAGUGGGAGAGGACUGAAAAUGAGGCCGCUGCUGGGACAGGAGAGUCUUUCACUCAGAAGUCUCCUUACUUCUCUCCUGCUACUCCUGUUGAGGAACAGAAACUCCAACCCAACUAAGAUCAUCUUGCCUUGCUUUGGACAAGAGGGAGGGGAAGCCAGAUGUGCUGAGCCACCCCUGCCGUGAAGUAGCCAAAUGCUCUCUGAACUGCCGGGGCCAAACUGCAGCGUGGGCAGGGUAAUCCCGAGCCUGAGCUCGCUGCCUGCUCCUUCCAGCUCGGCGGAGCCAUCACGUGAGUACUGCACAGCCGGCUACAGCCCGAUCGUGUGCUGGGGAGAUGCUUCUGUUCUGUCAGCUCACAAGUUCCUUUUUACCUCAGUGAUACCUGUUGUAAUGUUCUAAAGUAAAAAUUUGGCCCUCAAUCUGUUAUUCUUGCUGCUGUGGGGAAGGAGGGGUUGCUGUUCCACACCCUGAAAAGAAAUGACUUGUUGCUUUUGAGCAGAAGGCUUUUCCCCCUUGCCUUUGUUCUAGGAGACAAAGGGGGAAACAAAAGUGUUUUCUAUGUAGAAAGGCAUAAGCAUGGGAUUGGUUUUUAUGGGCAAACUAACAAAAAGAAGUCGUUGAGGUUCACCCUUGGAUGUGAGGAGCUCGCAGAAAUAAACAUUCCUUUUAUGAAAAAAGGAGGCAGGAUGUUUUCCUACCGUUCAAUAUGGGUCACUUUUCUAAGCUGAAGGAAAUGCAAGAUUUAGAGGGCAAGAAGAGCUUACCGAGAGCACCUGCCAAAACAAGAGCCAUUAAAAUAUGUAAUGUAAAGAUAGGAUUUUUUUCUUUCCUUUCCAUCAACCUGUUUUCUCUCCUGCUUUGCAGUGAGCUCGCUGCAGAAAAAGUCAAUACACAGCCGGUUUCUGGGGACAGAGCCAUCGUUUUGGCUCACGAUGGACUCUUUGCCUGCUCCUCAGGUUCCCUGAGCUGCAUGGCAAUGAUUUUUGGUGCAGGUGGGGGAGCUGGGGUUGGGGUUUAAAAUCAAGCAGUUACUGCAAGUGAGGAGCCUUCUCAUUUCAGCUAAAAUACAGCUGGUUAAGUUUCCAGUGAUAAUGUCUUGGAAGGAAAAGCAUUCAAAAAUUUAUCAUCAAAUGCAUCGUUUUCUUUUUGAAAUGUGACAUUUUUCUAUUCUGAAAAUUUUUAUGUUGACUUGUUCCUAUUUUAUUUUUUGCAUACUACUUUACCUUUAUAUUCACUGAAGGGUUGUUUUUAUAAGUAUAUGUGUGUGUGUGUAUUCUUGCCUAAGGACAAAAUAGGACAUUCUGGAUUUUUAGCAAGUCUCCACCCUAUAGCUGCUCUUCGUGUUUUUGGGGGGAAAAUGUCUAGAAUGAAAGUUUAAAAAGAAAAAGCCUGUUCAGGGUGAGGGGGCAGACUGCUGCUGUCUGAGGGCGUACCAGUAGUCUGAGCAUGAGGAAUGGGCCCAUCAACCAAAUCCUUCAGUAGAUCUGAUGUCAGACUUGCAGGGCUUGGUUUGUCUUUUAUAAUGUGCACAUGGAAGAAAAAAAACAAGCGUGUCAGACAAGUGCAGUAUGUAUAUUUUGUAAAUCUCAUUUUUGUAAGAAAAUAUGUAUUUAUGUUUUUACUUGAUUUUUUUUUUUAAGGUCUGUAUGAGGCCCUGCUUCACCCCAUGUACAGAUCACUAAAUAAAUAAUUUUUAAUACAAGGGCUCUAAUGACAUUCUUUCCAUCUUUGAAUACUUGGCAGGUUUUAGAAUGGGGAGAAGCUCUGAAAAGUGGUGUCUUCUCCCCCACCACUUUGUUAUGGAUAAUACAAGAGACUUUUUGGUGAAUGCAGACUGGAAACUCAGCUGUGGCUUGAAACUGUUCGUUCUGAUUGCCAGCCCCUCACAACAGGAGAGCACAUUUUGAGACAGCCGGUUUCAAAUGUCUGCCCUCACUUGAGGUACUUGCAUGCUAGCCAAGUUUUCUUCCAGUCUCUGCUUCUCUCUGAGGGCAAGCUGAUAAACCAGUUCCCUUAUCUAGAAAAUAAGGAUAAUGCUCUCUUCCCAUUCCAAAGAGACUUUAGGACUGAGAACUGGAGGUUGCUACGAGUGCAGUAAAUUUAGUCCUCACUUUGAUGGGUGGAGUGUAAUAGGGAAACAGUAAGGACUGGAUCCUUUUUAAUGUCUUUCAACGGGCAGUAUCAUGAACUGGUGCUUUUUUUUUCCCAUAGCACCUUUGCUCUCUGCAGCUUUGUUCAAGUGAAUUAUACUUUAAUUUUAAUAGCUAGCCUGAAGCCUACAUUGUUUCUUACCACAGUCAUCUGAAAUCUUCAAUGGAAUGGUCUAUUUUAUUUAAUUUUUAAAAUUGAAAUUAAUGUUUAGAUUGCAAACUGUGUUGUUACAGUCAUGGAAAGUGCCCCAACAGAGUUGUACACCUGUGAAAUGAUGAUACUUUACAGCAUUUAUUUCACAAGGAUUUCAGCCUACUGUCUGCAUUCAUCACACUUCCCGUACCUUCAAUUAUGCCAAUACUAAAAUUUAAGUACAGAACAGAGAUAGAUCUAAGGUGCCUUAGCUAGACGCCAUCAGAGUAGCUGCGGUUGCACCGCAACAUUGUUUCAUUUACUAAGCAUAGUUACACUUUGAGGGCGCAAUUUAUUUGGACACUGUACUCUCAAACUUAACCUUUUACUUUUACAGUGUAUGAACUACUGAUUUAAAAGUUAUUUUAAGAGCUUUCCCCAUUCAUGCUGCCUCUCUGGAAAAGCCACAUCUUUUAUUUGAAAACACCUCUUGCUGCUCCUCAGAAUUGCCCACUUGUCAAGUUUCCUUUUUGAAAAGACCUUUGCAUUGCUGCCAGUCAAGCUGCUCCGAACUGCUCCAUGACAUGAGCUCGCUGAUCAUUGCUGAGGGGGUUUUCAUUCCACUCGCUCAGGAAACCUGAACCUUUCUAUAAACAUUUCCUCCCAUUAAUCCAUCAGUGCCGGCCAGAGCGCUGGAACAGCUUGCGCUGUGAAGGACUGGCAGCCGCCGGGAGCAGUGCUGUGACUGACAGCGCUGUGCUGUGCAGCCACAGCUGCGCCGCUAAACAUGCAAUAAUGCUCGCUGCAUCCCGGGCAGCUACGCCUGCCAUCCAUGCAGGGGCUGUCCCACGGCUCUGCGCUCGCCGCCCAUCCCCGCUCGCUGCAUGGGAAACCAUGCACAUGCCAUCGCU